AGCAGAAGUAGUAACGUUGGAGCACAAUCCAGGACAGUUUGGAGGUCUUGCCUUUUACUCAGCUAUGCAUUUCCAGGAGUGGUUACGGUCACUUCGCUCCAGCUCAGGACUUAAAGGAUCUGAAUCGGAGGACUUCUGGAGUCUCCUGCCGUCUCUGCCUCUGUCCUCCUUGUCCCUGUCCUCCCUGUCUCUGUCUCCGUCCUCUCUGCUGGGUCUAGGAGCUCUGGCCUCCCUCACCGCAUACUGGCUGGUGACCCGUCCUCGACCCAUGCGUCCUCCCUGUGAUCUGCAGGCCCAGUCUGUUGCUGUCAACGGAGAUCCCUGCUGCAGGCGAUCGGCUCUUCUUAAAGAUGACUCUCUGCUGGAGUUUUACUACGACGACACCAGGACGGCCUAUGACAUGUUCCAGAGAGGCCUGAGGAUCGCAGGAAAUGGCCCGUGUCUUGGCUUCAGGAAGCCCGGCCAGCCCUACCAGUGGAUCUCCUACGCUGAGGUGGCUCAGCAGGCACAUGUCCUGGGCUCUGGGCUUCUGGCUAAAGGCUGCCAGCCGAACGCGCAGCAAUUCGUUGGUAUAUUUGCACAAAACAGGCCAGAGUGGAUGAUCUCAGAGCUGGCCUGCUACACCUACUCCAUGGCGGUGGUGCCUCUGUACGACACUCUGGGGCUCGAGGCAAUGGUCCAUAUCCUCAACCUAGCGGAGAUCUCUCUGGUGAUCUGUGACCGGGAGGAGAAGGCAGCAUCUUUGUUAGAGAACAAGGAGAAAGGCACGACUCCCAAGAUCUCCUGCCUGGUUCUCUUUGACGAUUUCGGCGAAGCCUUGGUGGAGAGGGCGAAGAAGUGCGAGGUGGAGGUUUUGAAACUGGAGCAGCUCAUGGACCUGGGAAGGAAGAACCUCAAAGAUCCUGUGCCGCCCCAGCCUCAGGAUCUGGCCGUGGUCUGCUUCACCAGUGGAACCACAGGGAAGCCCAAGGGAGCCAUGAUCACCCACGGCAACAUCGCCUCCAACACUUCCUCUGUCAUUAAGAUCCUGGAGGGUUCGUUUGUGAUCCGACAAGAGGAUGUGUCGAUCUCUUACCUGCCGCUUGCCCACAUGUUUGAGAGGAUGAUUCAGGUCUCCAUGUUCUGCCACGGGGCCCGAGUAGGCUUCUACCAAGGGGACAUUUCUCUUCUCAUGGAUGACAUUAAAACUCUCAAACCUACUUUCUUUCCUGUCGUGCCUCGUUUGCUCAAUCGCAUCUAUGACAAGAUCCUGGGCUCUGUGACCUCUCCGUUUCGACGGGCUUUGCUUCACUACGCCGUGAGGAGAAAGCAGGCGGAGCUCAGCAGCGGAGUCGUACGUAACAACAGUCUGUGGGACAAACUGGUGUUCAACAGGAUCCAGUCCAACUUAGGAGGCAAUCUACGGUUCGCCCUGACUGCUUCAGCACCCAUCUCCACCACUGUGCUGUCCUUCCUCAGAGCCACUCUGGGCUGCCUGAUAUUUGAGGGUUAUGGCCAGACAGAGUGCACUGCAGGCUGCACUUUCUCUAUGCCAGGGGACUGGAGCACAGGUCACGUUGGUGCUCCUUUGCCCUGCGCCAUGGUGAAGCUGGUAGACAUCCCUGACAUGAACUACUACGCAAAGAACGGCGAGGGAGAGAUUUGUAUUUGGGGCCCCAGCGUGUUCAGAGGCUACCUGAGGGACCCAGAGAGGACAGCUGAGGCCUUGGACAGCGAUGGCUGGCUGCACUCUGGGGACGUGGGCCAGUGGCUUCCAAAUGGGACACUACGCAUCGUUGACAGAAAGAAGCACAUCUUCAAGCUGGCACAGGGAGAGUACAUCGCUCCAGAGAAGAUAGAAAAUGUCUACAUGCGUUGCAUUCCUGUUCUGCAGGUGUUUGUGCACGGAGAUAGUUUACAGUCUUAUCUCAUAGGCAUAGUUGUGCCUGAUCCUGAGGUGUUUGUGGACUGGGCUAAAGAUCGGGGAUUUGUGGGGUCCCACGAGGAGCUGUGCCAAAAUCCUGAUGUAAAGAAUGCAGUAUUAGAGGACAUGAAAACCGUGGGGAAGGAGGCAGGACUGAAGUCCUUUGAACAAGUAAAGGACCUUUACUUGCAUCCGGAGACGUUCACUGUCGCCAACGGCCUUCUCACGCCCACCUUGAAGAGCAGGCGUACCGACAUCCGUAGAGUGUUUCAGGAACAGAUAUCAAGCAUGUACAGCAAGACACCAAUUUAACUCCACUCAGUAAUUUUACACACCCGAAUGUCACUGGUGUCCUGUAUGAGAAAGAAAUGGAACUUGGGAGAGGAAAUUAAACACCCUGAAGUGCCUCGUCUAAAAUCUGCAACUGAAUAUAUUUUGGAAUAUUGCCAUUUUGGUUUAAGGAAAUUUUUAACUCGUGUCUACCUGUGACCAACUCUGACACAUACACUGAACAGCCACAAUAUUAAAACCACCUGCCUGAGAUUGUUUAGGUCGCCAACACAGCUCAGACCUGUCGAGGCCUGGACUUCACAGACAUUGGAAGCAGAUCCUUUGGGUCCUAAAGUCACACCCACAGAUGCUUGACUGGAUUGAGAUCUGAAGAAUUUGGAGGUUAAGUUUAAUACCUUAAACUUUGUCAUGUUCCUCAAACCACUGAUGAACAGUGUUUGUGAUGUUGCAGUUUCCUAGAAGAGGGUGAGCGUGGGCACUCUGACCAGUCUGUGGCUACGCUGUUAGCUGUGAUGUGUCUGUGUUCUGACAGCCUUGUAUCAUAGUCUGAACUAAGGUUUUUAGAAACGUGUGCUACACUAGCUCUUCUGUGGAAUCGGACCAUGUGAGCCUUAUCACCAGUUUACUGGUUGACCUUCCUGGGACCACUUAGACCCACUGCAUACUGGGAGCAUCUGGCCCUAUCUCAAAUUCCUUUGCUUCCCAUUUUUUCUAGCUUCCAAUGCAUAAACUUUAACAAGUGAUCAUUAGUCUGCUGCCUGAUAUAUUCCACUCCUUGAUCAGUGCCAUUGCAACAAGAAAAUCAAUGUUCAUCACUUCUCCGGUCAGUUGGUUUAAUGUUGUGGCUGAUCAGUGUUUAUGUAAUGUUAACUCGUCACAUAAAAAUUAAGUGGAUGGGUCCAAACCAUUUUAAUUUCUGUUCCACUGUUGUCCUCCUCACUAAUUCAACACUGGAAUUCACUGGAGGUUUUAAGGGAGCAUAAAUUAUUGUUUAGUUGUAGAGUGGAGAAUCACAGAAGGUACUAGGAAGCCACUUGCAGAGGCAUAAAUGUAGAUACUUUAUUUACACUGCACUGUUAUUUUCCCAAGUGAAGAUUUUUAAAGGGACUCCGUUACACGUACUUGGGAUGUCGUUUCUCAUGUGAGUUGCAUUAACUGUAGGUUUUUAUAUUUCAGCUGUUGGAUCCUUGUAUCACCAUGACAUAAGCUUUUUAUGGACAUGCUAGCUCUUGGAUCACAUGAUUUACCUAACUGGUUCUGAGGCAUUUCAUGAACUACUUCACUUGAAAUUAAACUAUUAAGAAUAGCAAGUGUUUCAACCUGCAGUGAUUUGGGGAGAGAAAAGUUCAACUGUAAAUACUGCUUAUUUUACGAUUUGUCAACAGGAUGCUACUGACUAAUUCCAGUGAAGUUAAAGAACAGAAAUAAAGAUUAAUAACGGAUGA